GGAAGGAGGAGCCGGGAGGGCGCGUGUGUCCACCGUGGCCCGGGACGAGCGUCUCCCGGGGGCAGCGCUGGCCUCGUGAGCAUCGUGCGUGGCCCUUUGUGACCCAGAUGGAAGACCUGAGACAAGAGACAUCAAGUAACUAGCUCAAGUUUCUCCAGCUGGUCUCAUGGAUUAAUUGGCUCUCAUUCAGCAGGAACCUAACAGAUAAAUCCUUCUGUUGUGUAUCAAGACAAUGUUUGCAAAAAUGAUUAAAGCUGUGUUGCAAUGUGACAUUGUCAGAGGAGGACAAGCAGCUUGAAAAUUUCCUAUUAGCUCUAUUGCAGCUUGAAGGAAGCCCCUUUCCAUUAACUAAGACUGCAUGGCCAGCAGGCCCCCUCCAAAGGAUUGACUAUGAGCAUUCCUGUGGCUCCUAAGAAAUCAUGUUUCAAUCAGUUGCAGGACAACAGAAAUGGAGCAAAAAACAACGAGAGCAUUCUAAGUCUGGGAGAUACAAAUGCCAAUCAAAUCAUGUUGGAGGUCAGCUCUCCUCUGGAUGAGUCCAAGACAUGUGACCUGACUGAUGAAAUUGGAAAUGCAAAUUCAAGUGGGCUAGAACACUAUUCCCACUUUCAGAUGGACCCUCACCAACUUCAGGGCUUUAGGAGAGGGUCUCAGGCUGGCUCUACAAGCUUGAAAGAUUUUCAACUUUCUCCUGCUUUCUCUAGGGGACCACAAGAAGAUUGUGCCAUGGAGAGAGGUAUUGAUAUCUUACAGACUCCUCGAAGUGCCCAGGGGCCAAGCCUGUCAAGUUGGAGGAAUAUGAUAGGUGAAGUCAAUUCAGAAGUGUUGGCUAAAAAGGAUGUUGAAGUUAACCGGCAUGUUCCAAAGGACAAAUUGGCCAAGACCCUUGACAAUGAAGAGUUGAGAAGGCAUUCUUUGGAAAGAGCAUGCAGCUCUGCAGCUGUAGCUAGUAGCUUGCCCCCACAUCGUCCACAGCUUGCAAGGCCUGAUGCCCCUGAGCCAUGGGUUCCUGUACCCAGGGAUGGGGAGGAGCUGCAGAGGACACUGGCUGACCACUCUUCAGGGACAGCUUUUCCUUCAGCUUACAGUACUUCAGAGGGAAAAAGUGUGCAUCCUCCUAAACCAUCUACCUCAGAAGCCAGGAAGACCACCCCCUCAGAGGCCCAGAUGGAGGGGGGACAUAAACUGAAUAUUUACAAUGAGCACAAGUCACAUCCUGCCCAUCCUGAACCUGCUCUGAAUUUAACUUUGGUGUCAAAGGAAAUCCUGAGUUAUUCUGAAGCACAAUUAGGUCAGAGAAAGGGGCAGCCAAAGCUGGAACUGAAAUAUGUUCAAUUCAGGACGGGGCAGGAGCUAAAGUCAAACCACACAGGUGAUCUGGGAUGUCACAAGGAAAAGAAAAUGUCAGCCCUAGAAAGAAAGGAACCAUGUGGGGAAGCACACCAAGAAGUCACCAUUGCCAUUAGUGGUCCAUCAGACAAUAUCUGCCAUCAUCUUGGAGUGGACAGAGGUAACAUUGAGGAGACAGGAGUCAAUGUAGGUGUGGAGGAAUCUCUCCAGACUACCCUCAAACAGGUCCCUGCUUCCUUGGAAGUGGCUGGUAAUCAGCUAACUGGCAGAAUGUCACAAAGCACAGGAAGUAAAUUGGAUGAAAUGACAUCCAGCAACUUUUCACAAGAUGUUGGCUAUGUAGCCAUUGUUCCUAAUGGCCUGCCUGAAAUCAAGCCCUCAGAUGUCAGUGAGGAAAGAAGGAGGCUGGAUUUUGGGAAAAGAGAUGAUACUGUGGUGUUGAUAUCAGAUCCUUCUGUGAAAGAGAGCAAAACUGAGGUCCUUGAGUCUCUGGAUCUUCAAAGCAGAAGCCUAGAAGUGGAAGAAAGCAAAGAUACUGCAACACCUGUGGCUGAACCUAGGAACCUUCCAGAAAAUGCAGCCAAGACUGAUAUUACUCCAUCUAGAGCAGACUCAUUUCUCAAUACCCCAGCUACCCUCCACCCAGACAUGACUGUGAACAUGACCCACCAGCCUACACUACCUAGUAGCAUUUUCCAGGACCCUGAUGUGUUCAGUGUGGACACAGGAUCACCCUCACUGGUCCCACCCUCCACUGACAGUGUGCAACUGUUGCACACAUACCCCAAAGUGCCUGACAAGGACAUCUUCUCCAGUGGGAUCCCAAAGCCUUUUGUCACACAUUCCAAGGGCACACCUUCCUUGCAGGAAGAAAUGGAGAAACAUCAGGUAGAAAAAAUGGAAGAUAGAACAGACACAAAGCCCAUCAUUAUGCCCAAGCCCAAGCAUGUGAGGCCCAAGAUCAUCACCUACAUCCGGAGGAAUCCACAGGCCCUGGGCCCGGUGGACACUUCACUGGUUUCUGUGGGUCUUCCCUAUGCUCCGCCCACAUGUAGCAUUCCCCUACCCCAGGAGGACAGGGUAGCAAGUGGUGACCUUAAGACAUCUGCCAACCUCUAUGAGAAAUUCAAGCCAGACUUGCAGAAACCCAGGGUCUUCAGUUCUGGAUUGAUGGUGUCUGGGAUCAAGCCUCCAGGACAUCAUUUCAGUCAAAUGAGUGAGAAGUUUUUACAGGAGGUGACAGACCACUCUGGAAAAGAAGAAUUUUGUUCUCCUCCGUAUACACAUUAUGAAGUCCCUCCAACUUUCUAUCGAUCAGCCAUGCUCCUUAAGCCCCAGCUGGGAUUGGGUGCAAUGUCCAGACUGCCAUCUGCGAAGAGUAGGAUUCUGAUUGCAAGUCAGCGGUCUUCAGCGAGUGCCAUCCAUCCACCAGGACCCAUCACAACAGCUGCAAGUCUCUACACUUCUGAUCCUUCAGAUUUAAAGAAAGCCUCCAGUUCAAAUGCUGCAAAAUCUAAUCUACCCAAAUCUGGGCUUCGUCCUCCUGGAUACUCACGUCUUCCAGCUGCCAAGCUGGCGGCAUUUGGCUUUGUCCGGAGCUCCAGUGUCUCCUCGGUUUCCAGCACUCAAUCUGUGGACAGUGCACAGCCUGAGCAGAACCGGCCAGUCACCCGUGAGUGGGGCAAGAGGGGAAAGGCAGGUUCAACCUUUGGGAGUGAAGAACAGCCAGUGCUGAAGGCAGCUGUACCUUAUAAGGACACACCUAAGGGGGCCAGCCGGGUGGCCUCUGCAGCAUCAUCCAGUGUGACAACACCUCGCAGGAGUUUACUUCCAGCACCCAAAUCCACUUUGACACCUACUGGAAUAAAGAAAGAAGCACAAAAAGAUCAAGAUGCUAGUAAACCUGCUGUUUCAUCUCCUAAGAGGAUAGCAGCUGCCACAACCAAGCUUCAUUCACCAGGAUACCCGAAGCAGAGGACUGCAGCUCCUAGAAAUGGGUUUGUGCCCAAGCCUGACCCGCAGGCCCGCGAGGCUGAGCGGCAGCUGGUCCAGCGGCUGAAAGACAGAUGUGAGCGACAGGCCGGGCAGCUCAGCCUUGUGCAAGGGGAGCUGAGAAGGGUCAUCUGUGGCUUCGACGCUGUGGCUGUGUCCAUGCAGUAUUUCUUUAGAAAGAAUGAAAGUGCCCUUGUGAAAGAAAAAGAGCUGUCAAUCGAACUUGCAAACAUCAGGGAUGAAGUUGCCUUCAACACAGCCAAGUGUGAGAAGCUGCAGAAGGAGAAGGAGGACCUGGAGCGGCGGUUUGAAGAAGAGCUGAGGAGGAUGGGCUGGCAGCAGCAGGCCGAACUGCAGGAGCUACAAGAGCGGCUGCAGCUACAGUUUGAGGCGGAGAUGGCACGCCUGCAGGAAGAACACCACAGUCAGCUACUGCAGAUCCGGUGCCAGCACCAGAAACAGGUUGAAGAUAUCACUGCCAGCCAUGAGGCUGCACUCCUGGAGAUGGACAGUAACCACACAGUUGCCAUUGCAAUCCUGCAGGAUGACCAUGAUCACAAAGUCCAAGAAUUGGUGUCUGCUCAUGAACUUGAAAAGAAAGAAUUGGAAGAAAAUUUUGAAAAACUGCGACUGUCAUUACAGGACCAGGUGGACACACUGACCUUCCAGAGCCAGUCUCUGCGGGACCGAGCCCGGCGCUUUGAGGAGGCUUUGAGGAAAAACACAGAAGAGCAGCUGGAGGUCGCACUGGCUCCUUAUCAGCACUUGGAGGAAGACAUGAAGAGUUUGAAGCAGGUGCUAGAGAUGAAGAAUCAGCAAAUACACCAGCAGGAAAAGAAGAUUAUUGAACUGGAAAAGCUGGCUGAAAAGAACAUUAUCCUGGAAGAAAAGAUCCAAGUCCUCCAGCAGCAGAAUGAAGACCUUAAAGCAAGGAUUGACCAGAACACAGUUGUCACCAGACAGCUGUCAGAGGAAAACGCUAAUCUACAGGAAUACGUGGAAAAAGAAACCCAGGAGAAGAAGAGAUUGAGCAGAACCAACGAAGAGCUGCUUUGGAAGCUUCAAACGGGGGACCCCACGAGCCCGAGCAAACUCUCCCCCACCUCCCCGGUUUACCGAGGCUCCUCCUCCGGGCCCUCCUCUCCAGCCAGAGUCAGCACCACGCCCAGAUGACGUCACCACGUAUCCUGCGGGCGCUCCGGCUUCUGUCCACCUCAGGAGUGCUGGCCAGGUGCUGGCAGGUGCCGGCCGGCCUCCCUGCGUGCAUGCUCAGUAGCUGCAUACUGCGUCCUCUUCUGACCCCUGUGUAGACUGACCUGGUACUGGCACUUAGGAAGCUGUAAACAGUAGUCUGAUGUGCAGAAACGUUUUACCAUAGAGCCAAAAGAAAAACAACUCCAAUCGUUCUUGAGUGAUGAACUUUCACUGCAGCAUUUCAUGUUAGUUACAAAUAGCUCAGUUUUGAAUAUACAUUGAAUAAUCAUCGCAUACUGCACCGAUAUGUGUGUAUAUUUAGAUAUACGUAUAUACACAUGUGGCAGUUCUGAAUUGCAUUUUUUAUAAUGUGAUGUGCUGACAUAUUUUAGUGAAGAUCAGCAGUUUUCUAACUUGUGCCUAAGAAUUAUUGGGAAAUGAAAAUGCAUUUCUAUCUAGCUUCCCAGGAAUAUUUCUACCCAAAAUAGAAAAAGGAAAAAAAAAA